AUGGCCAAGGCCACUUCCAAGCCCAACAUUGAUGCUGCACAAAUGAAUCAACACUUGGGGUACAUGAUCAUCUCCUGUCAGGAGACAUUGGAAGAGCUUGAUAAUGCCACAGCCAAAUACCGAGUGGCGGUCGACGAUCCCCUCCCCACGCCCCACUGUCAAUACGCCGUUGUACCGUUGGCUCGGCACUUCAGGGCCCAAGUCAAAACUCAAUUACAGAGAAUUAUAUGGGACUUGCGGAGCAACUCCUUCAUAAAGUACCGGGAGAAGCUUCACUCCCAUACGGAUUCGAUCAAUCUUCUUUUGAAUACCUUCAUAUGGUCGGCUACCGACCGCAUUGAGGUGAAGGGUAAAUACCACACAAAUAUGCAAAAUGAGCUCCUAUACGAAACAUCCCAGUUAAAUAAGAGUAUAAACCAGCUGGUGCAAUCUCUCUAG